AUGGAAGCUCAAAGCAACAACUGGCUUAGGCAACCCAAACUCAUCGCGCGGCCAGAAGCUUGGACCAAUCACACGCAACCGCAAAACUUCCAGUUGCUGACGGCCAACAACGAGAUAUCAAAAACGCCAGAGCAGGCGAGUAAGGGGAUAGACAGCUCCGCCAACGACGGCUCGUCGGUAUAUACGAUGCUGAAGUCGACUUAUACCCCGGCCAACGCCCUACCGCCGGGAUGGACUGAACAUAAAGCUCCUUCAGGACAUCGCUACUACUAUAACGCCGAGACCAAACAAUCGACAUACAGACGGCCAGUUGAAGAAGUGCCUGUACAGAACAUUGCACCACAAGCUGCGUUCCCGUCGUAUCCAUCGCCCUUUCAGAACACCAUACACCAAGCGGCUCCGUUCCAUGCCGCACGAGGGUUUGACCCCAACUUCCAAGGGCAUCCCAGAAGUGGGAAGCCAUAUAGGGAGCGCCGUCAACCCGAAGACCGGCCAAAGUCGAAACAUGCCAUCCCAGGAUGCGAGCCGUGGGUUCUUGUGAAAACAAAACUGGGCCGGAGAUUUGUUCAUAACACCGAGACUAAUGAGAGUUUUUGGAAAUAUCCCGCCGACGUGAUAAAGGGCGUCGUAGAGUAUGAUCGGAUUGAGAGAGAGGCCCGGGAAAAACGUGAGCGAGGAGAAAUGGAGGAGGAGGAGAAGGAAGAUACGUCGUUAGUAGGAGGUGAGGUCGGGCCGUCAAAAGAGUCACAGUCCGCACCACCUGAAACCGACAAACCCGAGAGAAGGGACUCGGAUAGCGAAUAUGAGGAAGUAGAAGUGACAGAUGACGAAGAUGCAGCUGCCCCAAAGCGGCUCAAGGGCGAUGAGGAGGUUAACCAACAAGUCGAAUUUAAUGAGGACGAUAUCGAGUAUCAGCUCGCAGCCAUGGGUGGUGAUUAUGCGGCCGACACUGGUGAGUAUGAUGAGGCUGACGAAGGGGGUUGGGAAGAAGAUGCAGAGGAGGCGCCGCUCUCUGAAGAGGACACUGUUGCGUUGUUCCGGGACUUGCUUGACGAUUUUCAUAUAAGCCCAUAUACCCCCUGGGAUACCAUUAUCGAGGAAGGGAAGAUUAUUUUCGAUCCAAGGUAUACAAUAUUGCCGAACAUGAAAUCAAGGCGAGAGGUGUGGUCAAACUGGAGUCGGGACCGAAUCCAUGAACACCAGGAAAGGAAGAAAAAAGAAGAGCAAGCCGACCCCCGAAUCGGGUAUUUUGCUCUUCUGCAUGAGCGUGCUACCCCGAAACUGUACUGGCCCGAGUUUAGGCGCAAAUAUCGAAAGGAACCAGAAAUGAAAGAUGGUCGAAUGCCAGAAAAGGACAAGGAGAAACACUACCGAGAGCAUAUUGCGAGGUUGAAGCUACCAGAGAGUUCUCAAAAAUCCGAUCUCUCCAUGCUGCUAAAAUCAAUUCCUCUGUCAUUGCUACACAGGUCUACGCCUAUGGACGCUCUGCCGCCGAAAAUCCUAUCUGACAUUCGAUACAUAUCUCUACCCACGAAGACCCGGGAUGAGCUCAUCGAGUCUUAUAUCCAGACUCUUCCCCCGGCCCCUGAACAACCAGAUGUGCAGGAUGAAGAAAAAGAAGAGCGGCUAAAGAAAGAGCAGGAACGAAGGAAGCGAGAGAAGGCUUUACAUGACCGUGAGAUGAGGGUACAGGAGGAUAAACGGAAGCAACAGAGGGCCGUGUUACAGGGCAAGGAUAUCCUCCGCCAGGAAGACGCGGAACUCCAAAGGGCAAUGAAGGUGGGCAGAGAAGGGUUGAAAAGUUAUAUGGAGCAGGCAGAUGAGGCCUCGCUAGAAAAAUAG